ACAUUUAGUAUUUAGUCAUGCUGAAGGUUUAAUAAAACCAGUGAGCUGAGCUGCACUGGCAUACAUGUGAGUAGUGACUUCUGAAAUUGGAACAAGUUUCUUUAUCAUUUUGAUCAAACAUUUUUUAAUACAUACAGAGUAUCUUUUAAGUUCUGGAGCCUGAAUCUCUAUAACUACAUUUGUUGUUUUGUUUUACCAAAAGUUCGACAGAAAAAAAAAGAUGUUCCUGCUAUUGAUGUUAAUAGCUGCCUUGCCAGUUUGUGUAACCCCGAUGGAAGUGAGAUCGUCUGUGACAGUGGACAACAUCAAAGGACAAAACGCUCUACUUUUCUGUACCUGGACUGCACAAGUCUCUGAGACCCCUGAUAAACUUUUUGUGCUAUCAAGUAAACAAGCCUACCUGCUGCAGUGUGACGUGGAAAAUUCCCCCUACAAUUGCACCACAGGCAAAUUAUUAAGAACUAAAUAUAGCCUACUUAAUUCGGCUCAAGGACUAGUUUCAUUUUCAAUUUCCAACCUAAGUUGCUCAGACGAAGGUAUUUAUACUUGCCAGCUAUUGCAGUCAUCAACGUUACAUCAAAACUCAUCCAAGUCUGUCUUAAACAUAAAAGCCUAUCCGUCAGCUCCAUCCCUAAGCAAUGUCCAGACAAAUGUCCAAGAAGAUUCCAACAUCUCUGCAACAUGUACAGCUGGUGUGGGCUAUCCCAAUAGAGGACAGCUCAUUUGGAAAUCUUACCAGAAUGGAAAGCCUGUUGAUUUGACUUCAGAGCUCUAUAGCACUUCUUUGAAUGUCAUUCAGCCAGGAGAUGACAGCUGUCCAGUGACCACAGAGAGCACAGUGACACUGAAAGCCAACAUAAAACAUCAAAAUAUAACAUUGGCUUGUUUUGUGGUCAAUCCAGACAUCCAGCCUACAGCCCCAGAUAACUGUAUACCAUCGACCAAUUUAUGUAGUGAGACCAAACAAGUCAAUGUCUAUCGUGUGAAACAACCAGAUCCAGUGGUAGGCAGUGGACCAAACGUUGUCUGCGCCUUUGAGAAGCCAACAAUCUUUGCGCUCAGUUUGAUUGUCUUAUUAAGGAAGAAAAUCUUUUGAAAUCAAAAUAUCUUUGUCAUUCUUACUAAUGAAACGAUCACUUUUUAAAGUACUUAAUUUUUUUUUUCGAAUUCAUAUCAGCACAUCAUUGUAAAAGAUGUUACGAAGUGCUCGGGUUUUCUUCUGUUAAAAAUGUUUUUUGUUGGCUACAUUGUUAUGUCUGUUCGUUUAUUGUAGUGCAUAUAUAAUGAGUAACCGUUAUAAGCAGUUAAAAAACUAGGACAUUGACAUUUUGGAUAGAGCUAAAACCAUUCGCUUGUAUGGAGUUAAAUUUUCAGAAUAAAAUCGAAAGCUAAUAGAAAAUUUACAUAAAGUCAAUCAGGACUCUGACAACCGUCUGGUGAAAUAUUCACCUAUUUUCCGCUCAAUACCAGAUCUAGAUAAAAUAAAUUACAGUUGUUUUUUUUUGCUGAUCGCAGUUUAACUCUGAUGGAAUCAACGUUGGUAUCGUCAGUUAGGAGAGAAAGAGUUAAUACAUAUUUUCAGCUCAGGAGGCCUUAGCAUUGCUCGGGGCCCUGGGCAUGUGUCAUAUAAAGGAUAUGAAUAUUUGAUUGAUGGUGUGAAUACAGAUUGGUGCGAAUACAAAUAGGGGCGAAUAUAGAAUUGUGCGUAUGUAGAAUGGUGCGAAACUGUAUCAUUAACUGUGUAUUGAAUGAAGUCAAAAACUUAAGUUAAAAAAAAAUAAAUAAAAAAUAUUUCCAAAAUAAAAAAAAAGACUUGCUAGCUAGGUUGGUGCAAUGUCUUACUAUUAAAGCGCACAUCAAUCCCUAGUCUGCUUUUCUUUUUAUUUUUCAUUGGAGUGCUCGUUGGCUGAGUGGUUACGCGCUUGGCUUCUGAACCUGACGUCCCGGGUUAGAAUCUCGGUGAAAACUAGGAUUUUGAAUUUCGGGACUUUUAGGGCGCCCCCUGAGUCCACCCAGCUCUAAUGGGUACCUGACUUUAGCAAAAGGAGCUGAUCGUUGUGCUGGCCACAUGACACCCUGCUUGUUUACCGUUGGACAAAGAAACAAACAUCGUCUGCCCUAUGGAUCGCAAGGUCUGAAAAGGGAACUUAACUUUUUUUAAAUUAAUUAAUUUUUCAAUGGCAAAUAAAAUACUUUUGAAUACAUAUUCGGAAUUGAUGUUUCCAAAAUAAAUAUACAUGUAUAUCUUUUUUUUUUAAUUUAUCUAUGGUGUAAAGAAUAAUACAAUGUAAUAUUGGGAUUAAAUACAAAAUGUGUACCAAAUAGAGACAAAAUUUUUUGUUUCGAUGUCUUUUUGUUUCGAUGUCUUUUUGUUUCGAUGUCUUUUUGUUUCGAUGUCUUUUUGUUUCAUUGUCUUUUUGUUUCAUUGUCUUUUUGUUUCGAUGUCUUUUUGUUUCAAUGUCUUUUUGUUUCGAUGUCUUUUUGUUUCGAUGUCUUUUUGUUUCAUUGUCUUUUUGUUUCAUUGUCUUUUUGUUUCGAUGUCUUUUUGUUUCGAUGUCUUUUUGUUUCAUUGUCUUUUUGUUUCGAUGUCUUUUUGUUUCAUUGUCUUUUUGUUUCGAUGUCUUUUUGUUUCGAUGUCUUUUUGUUUCAUUGUCUUUUUGUUUCGAUGUCUUUUUGUUUCAUUGUCUUUUUGUUUCGAUGUCUUUUUGUUUCAUUGUCUUUUUGUUUCGAUGUCUUUUUGUUUCGAUGUCUUUUUGUUUCAUUGUCUUUUUGUUUCGAUGUCUUUUUGUUUCGAUGUCUUUUUGUUUCAUUGUCUUUUUGUUUCAUUGUCUUUUUGUUUCGAUGUCUUUUUGUUUCAUUGUCUUUUUGUUUUGAUGUCUUUUUGUUUCAAUGUCUUUUUGUUUCGAUGUCUUUUUGUUUCGAUGUCUUUUUGUUUCGAUGUCUUUUUGUUUCGAUGUCUUUUUGUUUCAUUGUCUUUUUGUUUCGAUGUCUUUUUGUUUCGAUGUCUUUUUGUUUCAUUGUCUUUUUGUUUCGAUGUCUUUUUGUUUCAUUGUCUUUUUGUUUCAUUGUCUUUUUGUUUCAUUGUCUUUUUGUUUCGAUGUCUUUUUGUUUCGAUGUCUUUUUGUUUCGAUGUCUUUUUGUUUCGAUGUCUUUUUGUUUCGAUGUCUUUUUGUUUCGAUGUCUUUUUGUUUUGAUGUCUUUUUGUUUCGAUGUCUUUUUGUUUUGAUGUCUUUUUGUUUUGAUGUCUCUUUGUUUCGAUGUCUUUUUGUUUCGGAUGUCUUUUUGUUUUGAUGUCUUUUUGUUUUGAUGUCUUUUUGUUUUGAUGUCUCUUUGUUUCGAUGUCUUUUUGUUUCGGAUGUCUUUUUGUUUUGAUGUCUUUUUGUUUCGAUGUCUUUUUGUUUCGAUGUCUUUUUGUUUCGAUGUCUUUUUGUUUUGAUGUCUUUUUGUUUCGAUGUCUUUUUGUUUCGUUGUCUUUUUGUUUUGAUGUCUUUUUGUUUCGUUGUCUUUUUGUUUCAUUGUGUUUUUGUUUCGAUGUCUUUUUGUUUCGAUGUCUUUUUGUUUCGAUGUCUUUUUGUUUCGGAUGUCUUUUUGUUUUGAUGUCUUUAUUUCGAUGUCUUUUUGUUUUCAUGUCUUUUUGUUUCAAUAUCUUUUUGUUUUGAUGUCUUUUUGUUUCAAUGUCUUUUUGUUUCGAUGUCUUUUUGUUUUGAUGUCUUUUUGUUUCGUUGUCUUUUUGUUUUGUUGUCUUUUUGUUUCGAUGUCUUUUUGUUUCGAUGUCUUUUUGUUUCGAUGUCUUUUUGUUUCGAUGUCUUUUUGUUUCGAUGUCUUUUUGUUUCGAUGUCUUUUUGUUUCGAUGUCUUUUUGUUUCGAUGUCUUUUUGUUUUAUUGUCUUUUUGUUUCAUUGUCUUUUUGUUUCGAUGUCUUUUUUUUCGAUGUCUUUUUGUUUCGAUGUCUUUUUGUUUCGAUGUCUUUUUGUUUCGAUGUCUUUUUGUUUCGAUGUCAUUUUGUUUCGAUGUCUUUUUGUUUCGAUGUCUUUUUGUUUCGAUGUCUUUUUGUUUCGAUGUCUUUUUGUUUUAUUGUCUUUUUGUUUCAUUGUCUUUUUGUUUCGAUGUCUUUUUUUUCGAUGUCUUUUUGUUUCGAUGUCUUUUUGUUUUAUUGUCUUUUUGUUUCAUUGUCUUUUUGUUUCGAUGUCUUUUUGUUUCGAUGUCUUUUUGUUUCGAUGUCUUUUUGUUUCGAUGUCUUUUUGUUUCGAUGUCUUUUUGUUUCGAUGUCUUUUUGAAAUGAAAUAAAGUUGUUGUUUUUUCUGUAGUAUAUUUUAGAAGUGUUUGUAGUAUAUAAAACAUUUCAUUGUGUUGUUGUGACGUUUAUGUGUUUCUGUUCAUGUUACCGUCACAAAAGUGAUACAAGACACAGACAACAAAGACAUACAGACACACACACACACAAACUUUUGUUCCUCAGACAAUUAAAUAUAAUUCUUUAAUUCUAAAACUUUUCGCUUGUAAAUUAUGAGUGAGUCUGGUGUAAAUGUACAUUUUGGUUUUCUAUAGUUAUAAAAUUGUGUUAGAUGUAAUGCAAUUUGUAAGACAAAUGGAUAAUAUGGAUAAUAAAGAUUUUUAUCAUUUGGUAA